AUGCCUUUACCAGGUAAGAGCACAUCAACCUACAGUGUUAUUACAUUGUGCUUCAAAGAGUCAAACGCUGCUUCAUACAGUUCACGAUCUCAAACCAAUUACCACCAUCGUCAUACCGCAGCUUCUACCUCUACCUACACACCACUUGCUCGAUCCGUUCUCUGCACGAGUAGCUCAAUCUCUUCUCUCAAUUUCUACGUCUCAAGCCAAUUACCACCAUCGUCACAUCUACCUCCACCUGCGCGCCACUUGCUGGAACUGUUCUCUGCACUGAAAAAAAAACAUGGGAAUAAAUUAGGGCUAAAGUUUCCAUGCUAUUCUAUUGAGUCUGUAUCAGAAUUCUAUGUUCGUAUGAUAGAAAACCAUGAGCAGAAAUUAGGGCUAAAGUUCCCAUGGGGUCAUAAGAGAAGCAAGCAGGACAGUGGUCUGAAUGGAGCUCCCAAGACAGCAAGACAAAGGUUCCUUAUAUUAUUAUCUGUUGCUUUAGUUCUAUUUCCUACCUUUGGAUUUCAAAAAGAUUCUACAAAAAUGGAUACAAGUAUGGUAGCAAACUUAAACCCUGGUGAUGGAGACAAGCCAAUAGAAAUAAAAGUCAUUAGGAAAUGGUUAUCAUAUGGGAAAAAAGCUGAAUGUUGCUACAUAUUCCUUGAUAAAAGUGGAGAUGCAAUAGAAGCAUGUGGUUGCCUGGGAGAUAAAGGCUACUUUGAUUCGAUAAUCAAGAUGGAUGGUUGUUACUCUGUAAGCAACUAUGUGUGUGACAAUGCAAAUACUUUCUUUGUUACUGUCCCACACAAAACCAAAAUCAAGCUAGCCAGGGCAGCAAAAUUUGAAGAAAUACGUGAUGAUGGAUUUCCUGUGUACUACUUCAAUUUUCUUGCAUAUGGUCAAUUAGGUGCAAGGCUUGAUAACCAUAAGACACUCACAAAUUAUAUCGGAAGAGUUGAAAAUGUGUAUGAAGUAGUCAGAACUCAAGGAAAUGCAAUUUUGAAACUCAAACUAGAAAAUUUGAGUGGAACAAUGAUUGAGACAACUUUCUGGGAUGAGGCGGCUAACUCAUUUGAUAAAGAAGCUAUCGAAGCAUUACCUUCUCCUGUUAUUGUUGCUAUUACUUCAAUGAAAGUCACACAGUAUCUAGGAAAUUUGCAACUGACAGCAACUCCAGCCUCAUAUAUUUACAUCAACCCCACUAUUCCCGAGGCUGCUGCAAUGGCUGCUGAGUUUGUCGAACGACAUAAUCAAAACCCUGUACUCAAGAUACAAUACCAAAAAAGUAAAGAUGUAGAAGUCGAAAAGAAAAGAAACAGGUUUCCAUUGGUAGACUUGCUAUCUCAAAACCCAAACCGUUAUGCAGGAGCUCAGUUCACUUGCAAAGCAUCUCUAGUUAGCAUAGAUGCAAGCAAGGGUUGGUUUUAUAAAGCAUGUCAUGAAUGUCGUAAAAAACUUCAAAAAAAAGGAAACACACUUGCAUGCGAAGAUCAUGAUCAAGUUGCUAAACCAAACGAUUUGUUUUUUAUCACAGCACACAUCGCAGAUGAGACCGCUCAAGCAAAGAUAGUAUUUUUUGAUGCUGCAGCUAGAAUGUUGUUCCAAACAGAUUGCAACACACUCAUUGAUCAUCAUGGAUACACUGAUCCGUACACAUUGCCUGCACCACUCACCAUUCUCAUAGGCCAGCCAAAAAUAAUUCAAUUCCGAUUCGCAAGAUUAUGUAGGCCGGGUGCUAAAGACUUUGUAGCAGAUGCUGUUUUUUAA